CGCGUUCCGAGCGUGCAGGCCCUGGUAACCACGUGGGGAGCGCCACGUUUCCGGUGCCGGCGGCUGCAGCCGGAGUUUAAAGCCCGGGCAGCUGGAGUGGUAAGAGGGGUUCGGGGUCCGGAGAAGGAAAGAAAAGGAGCGGGGCUCGGCGAGCAGGACGCGGAGGACCAUGGCCAACAGCGAGCGGACCUUCAUUGCCAUCAAGCCUGAUGGCGUCCAGCGGGGCCUUGUAGGAGACAUCAUCAAGCGCUUUGAGCAGAAGGGGUUCCGCCUUGUUGCUUUGAAACUUAUGCAGGCCUCAGAGGACCUGCUCAAGGAGCACUAUAGUGACCUGAAGGAGCGCCCCUUCUUUCCCGGCCUGGUGCAGUACAUGCACUCAGGGCCCGUGGUCGCCAUGGUCUGGGAGGGGCUGAACGUGGUGAAGACGGGCCGCGUGAUGCUGGGUGAGACCAACCCCGCCGACUCCAAGCCAGGCACCAUCCGUGGGGACUUCUGCAUCCAAGUGGGCAGGAACAUCAUCCAUGGCAGUGACUCGGUGGAGAGCGCCGAGAAGGAGAUUGCGCUGUGGUUCACGCGGGAGGAGCUCGUGGACUACAAGAGCUGCGCCCAGGACUGGAUCUACGAGUGACCAAG